CCGACUGGCGGUUUGGUGAGACGCUUCACUUGUGAGCUGGAGAAGGCGGGCUUUCCGAGUUUAGGACACCGAAAAGUGCGCGCUGACCGAAAGAUUGUACACACCAUGGAAUAAGGACGCACUUCAUAGCUAGAACCGCUGAAGUGGCUUCUUUGUCGCCCCUGCACCAUCGGUGUGUAUCGUGCACGAAGGCACAGCCUGGUCGGCCUUGUAGCAAGCAGCCAUGGCGAUGUCCUCUUACCAGGACACCGGUCGCAGCGUGCUCGUGGCGGCGGCCUGCAGCUGGUGCCUUUUCUGGACCAUGAUCGUGAACCGCAGCGGCGGCAUCGUGUUCGUCACCAUGAUUUCCGAGAUGGGCGCCUCACGCCAGGCCGGCUCGUGGCCUUUCUCGCUCUUGGGCGCCGUCUCCAACAUAUUUGGUGUCGUGACGGGAGUACUCCUGCAAAAGCUGCCCCUGCGAACAGUGUCUAUAGCUGGCAGUUUACUGGUGGCUGUUGGCAUACUUCUCAGCGUGGUCUUCUACGGCGUCAUCGGUAUCACCAUCUGUAUUGGCAUCAUAACCGCCAUUGGUCAAGGGAUGAUUUUCCCUUCCAACAUGGUGGCCAUUAACACAUAUUUCCACAAGUACCGCGCGACUGGCAGCGGCAUCAGCUACGUGGGUGGCACCCUAGUGUCGUUCAUCUUUCCGUCGCUACUGGUGCACAUGCAUGAACAAUACGCGCUUCGUGGCACGCUGCUCAUCAUCGGUGGCCUCACGCUCAACGCCGUGGCGGGAUCGCUGCUCGUUGCCAAGCCUGAUGAAGCGCUUCUUAGACGAGCACGACUCCAGCCGGAACGGGAGACCGCCGCUAAGCUCCUUAACGAGGCAGGCCGAACGAAAGUUUCGCGGAGCGAGGAACUCAGCUUCUUGCGGCGGCCAAUCUACUACGUGAUUGUAUUCACGGGCGUUGUGUUUGCCUACAAUCUCGUCAUGUUCAGCGUUACCGUAGUGGACCACGCCAUGGGCCGUGGCCUCUCCAAGCUGCAGGCUGCUUUACUGCUGUCGUGCUACGGCGCCGGAGAGUUCAUCGGGCGCAUAUGUUCCGGCAUUGUCUCGGAUAAGAAGCUGUGCCACAGGCGGGACAUUAUGGCCGUAGGCUUCUUGCUUGCUUCACUCUCCUUGCUGGCUCUCAACCACGGGGACUCCAUCAUCCUACUCGGAGGGGCAAGCGUGCUGUUUGGCCUCACUGGCGGCAGCAUAAUGAUCCUCUUCUCCGUCCUCAUCGUUGAGUAUUUCGGCCUCAAGAAGCUGCCCAUGGCCAUCGGUAUACACUGCCUGGUGAACGGCCUCUCGGCACUUCCUAGGCCGCUGAUUAUAGGUUAUUACAGAGACCGGGGUUCAUCCUAUGCCGGCAUGUACGUGAUGCUCGCCGCUGUCUCGUUAACAACAAGCCUCCUCUGGGCCAUCGAGUGCUUUAUGAAGUGGCGAGCUGAGAAGGUGAUGACGUGUGUCAAUGAGAAGGCAUCUUCGGUUAGUGAGAAGGCUGUCUCGGAAACGUAGACAGUGGUGUUUUUUCACCGGAAAAUCGUGCGGUGGGUGCCGACCGACCGCUACAAGUGAUCCAGGACAGCGCUUCCGACGUUCGCCGUUGAGAAAAUCGGAGAGUGUUCCAAGAACUCGUUUCGUCCAGCAAACCGUUGCCUUGUUCUAGUACGUCGGUAACAUCUCAGAUGUAUUCAGGGACUUGCUGACGAUUACAUGCCAGCCGUAGAGGACCCAUGACUUGAAAUCAUGUAUAACAUGAAAAAGUGAACAUACAAACUCUACUUUCACCCGUUUGCCUGGGACUUUUCUGUUAAGUCUAUACACUGAUAAAGCGACACUGAUGUUCGUGUACCACGUCUAGCGUAUUUUUUUCAGUCAGGUCGAUUAGAGCUUAAUUCGUGUUUUACACAUAUUGAUGUUGCUCAGAGUUUCUGCAUUCGCAAAUUGUAUCGUUAUUGGAGUCUCCCGGAUACAUCGUGUCUGCAGAAUGUCUGGAAACCAGCUAGUCAUCGCAAUCUCUGGCCGGUGAUAAAACAAAUGUGGCUGCAAGGAACGCCUCUGUUUCGCGAAAGUUAUCCUUGUUUAAGUAAUAUCAGUGCUGUGACGCUGAGCAUCUUCUACAGCCUGUAAUGCUGUACUGAGAGGCGUACUAGAGUAAAAGACUUAAUAAAAGAGCUGCGUACCUUCUGAAAGUGUCAGUUCGAACGGCGAAGAGUUCUGAGCGACUCUUAUUUGUGAUAGAUUCCACGUAGUUUAAAAUUACCGAACGAUUUAGUUAAGGACUGUAUUCUUCCUGCAAUCAAGACCGCUAGGGACGCUUGUUGCUUAGCUCUAAAACUGUAAGGGCGGUUUGGAACUUGCAAGAGAGAAGCCGCGUUUUCAAGGAUGUUGUUCGCAAUAUCUGUGAGUCCAAACAAUUUGAUCUGCGCAAUAAACGUAAGACUUGCGUGGGUAGUAGAUAUAUCUUAUAAUUUUUUGCUCCAUAUGUAGCUGGUACUUGUUGCAUGAUUCUGAUUUGCUAUGCUUUCAUUGUGUGCGGCUGCUUGUCCCGAGCACCACCAAAGUGCCCGCCAGCAAUGCAAGGAAGGUGUGGUGUGUGAGAGCCGUCUGACGUAUGCUAAGUUCUCAAUGCAGAGCUGUUCAGACUCCCAAACAGCUUGUAAAUUCUUUCUGCGAACACUGUAUUAUCUUGGAACUUACAGUAUAGCUCUCCGACAGUCGUGAUAGAGAGCGGUGUAAAGGGAACAUAUUUAGUGAUAAUCCGAGUUGCAUUCUUCACUCUCAUAUCAGUGAAGGGCAUCCUGUAGAUGUGUUGUACCUUGAGUUUAUUGGGCUGUCCACUCUUCAAAUGUUCAAUAGGUUUGGUAAUGCAUGAUCGGUGUAACGAGAUUUUUUUGCAGCACUCCAAUGCGUUCUCAGUCCACAACCUCUGAACCAAUUAUAAGCUUUAGUCGCCUCAAGUUAAUUCAUGUGCAUUUGAUGAGGUGUGCAAUGCCGAGCAUGAAAGAUGCCUUUCUGUUAAUAAUUCUAAAAAAAUGCCUUAUGAAAAUAAUGGUCAAGCAUUCCUGAGAAACUAGCAAUGUUUGAGCCCGGGUCACACAUUACAGCUUUUACCAAGAGAUAUUUUAAUUGUUGGAUUAAAUCGAGAAAAUUUCGUCGCAUCACAACUGCUAAAGUGCCAAUGUGGAAGCUGCCGGCUGCAACGAACUUCUUGAUAUUCGAGACACACUACCGCAAGAAUGCUGCGUUCGCUACACGACAGUCCUGCUGUUUGCAUUAUCCGUAAAACCGAUUAUGAUGUCCUUUCAUCAUGCCUUAAUUUUAAUUUGAGGGCUAUUUCAUGAAGCAACAGACAGCAUCCUCUGUGUUGAACUGGGGAAUCCAUGGUCAUGUACUGGUGUCUAUGGCACCUGGUACAAUACUACGCGUCAAUGGGAUGUCUGCCAGCGGGCGCGUCAAUGUCCUCACACGCGGCAAGAGCAGCACUUCCCUGAAAACGCAGCUAGCUUUUGGGCUGCGGAAGAAUAAAUUAAGGCCACGUUUGUCAUUUAUGUCAUUAUGGAAAAGAAACAGGCCAAAAGGAGCUUCUACCAAUUAGAAAAUAUCUCUGGUUACAUCCUGUUGGCUCAAUCCUGUUCAGUGCCGCCUUUAGAGCAUGUGCGGUAUAAAGACUUUCGCGCGUGUCCUGUCUCCGCGCAGGACAUAGUGUACAGUGACUCAUUGUGCCAUACCAUAGUCACCUAUCAUCAUACCUCCCUCUUGCUUUCCCUUUUCCCCUUACCCCCGCGAGGAGUAGCAGGCUAGAAAACCGCUUUCCAGGCCGACUUCGCCU